AUAGCCUUUUAGAUUACUUUUGCCUUUGACCCAAGUUGGGGUAUUGUUUUGGGUUUGACUCCAAGUUUUGAGUCACACUUGGCAAUUCUCCCUACUUCUUCCACCUUGGAGAAUGCUGAUGUGUCAAUCAUACUCCGUAGAUUUUUACCUUUUCUAAAAUAAAAGUCAUUUUAUUUAAAUUUUACAUUAACAAUUUUUUUUAUCAAACUUAAAUUAACGUAAAUAUUUUUUUCAAAACUUAAAUUAUAAUUUUGUAAUAUUACUUAAAGAUAUUCAAUAUUAUACAAAUGUUUAUCAUUUUUAUUUAAUUAAUUUUAAAAUAAAUACAAAAAUUUAAAGAUUAAUGUAAUUAAAAAUACAUUAUAAUAUUUAUAAUUGAUAUUUAUUUAUAUAUAUAGUGCCCCAUGUUAAAUUAUUUUCUGGGUCCGCCCCUGCUUCUGUUCCAAUGCACUUUCUUACUAUGAUAUUGUUUGUUUUCUCAAAUCGUGCAUGCUAAUUGCUUUUAAGCUCAAAACAGAAUUUGCCGUUGUUGAUCAUAGUUACAUAAGGUGUUAAUAUUCUUUAUCUUGUGAUGGUCUUUUCUUUGGAUUAACCUUCUCUGUUUUCUAAGGAUAGCUUAAAAAGAAGGGAACCCAAUGCUGUUAUGCGUUUCUCCUUUUUUACCUUCUGAGUAUUAUGUUUUGUCUUGAAGAGGUAAGCUUCACAGUCCACUAAUUCUUAUUAGCUUUUCUUGUAGAAAGUGACUCGAAGGGUGAAUAUUUAUUUUGAAAUUCCUAGAUUUUAGCUUCCUCUCUCCCACAUUAUCUCUACCACCCAUUGAAGCUGAGCCUGAGGUAAAUAUUCAGUUUGUAUGUUCUUUGAUUUUAGCUUUAAGUAUCGGACAAAGUGUUAUGAAGAUUGAUUGACGUUGAAGCCUCUUUAGACACUGUUUCUUUUUUUUAAAUGAUUGCAUUGUUUCUCACCUAACACAAUUCUCGUCUACUAUAGACAGAUGAGGUGACUUCAAGCCCUUGGGGUUCAAGUUGCUCACUCAUCCUUGAAAUCCAGUGCUGUUCACUAUCAUGAACUCAUUGACGCAAAGUGAUCCCGUAAGUCUUUUGUACCAGAAAAACAUCUUAAGUUCAUAACAUUUUUGUUUGGCUUGGUAGUGAUUUACGUCAUAAACAUUAUAUAUGUAUCUUAUUAGCCCAUAUAUGAACUAAUAUAGAGAAUAUUAUUGAACUUAAGAUACAUGUAUAAUGGCCCAUAAUCCUUAAAUAUUGAUCAAACCAAAAUGUAUAAUAGUAAAUAAUAUAUAAAUUUGUUUCAUAUUAAAGAAUUAAUAAUAAACAUGUGUAUCAUAAACAAUAUGUCGUCAUCACAGUUCGCUAUCUUUUGCAUAAUCUUGAUUGCUUUAUCUCCUCUUCAUGAAUUUGUCGAUGCAGCUAAAGGAACUUGCAACCAAACCACAUGCCCAAAACUCAAAACCAAAGAUAAGACUUGCAUUUGUUGUUCCUCCGAUAAGAGAUGUUACCCGACCAAACAAAGAUGUGGAGGUUGGUGUGCAUAAAUUAUCUCGAGAAGGUACAUCAAGGAUUUAAGAAAACCUGAAUAACCAUUUUAUUUAAUUCUUUCUAAUAUCUACUUUUGUUUUGUAUGAAUAAAACAUGCUUAUCUGGAGCCCAACAAAUACAUAUGCAUAUUGUAUUUGUGUUCAGAGACUUUCUUAUUCUAUUCUAUGUAAUGCGCAUAAGUUAAACUUGUUUUCUCUCCUUUUGUUUUAGUUUGUUAUUAAUUUCUUAAAUAUUUUUUCGGGUUAAUUAGUAACAAUAAGUUUUAAAAAUUUAUAGUCUUUAUGGUAAAUGCUAUGUUCUUUUUUCUAUUUUCUUAUACACUGUAUCACUAGAACUUUUGAGCAAGGGAAAGAAACUAUCAAAAUAAAUUUUUGUUACUUAGUUACUGCCCCAUGUGAUACAAGGUAUCACUACGCUAAUUGUUACUCAGCUACUGCCCCAUGUGAUACAAGGUAGAAUUAUAACGGGAAACGGUAUUGCCGCAGACCCUGUUUGGAUCCCGAGAAUGUUUUUCACACCAUCUGACACAAAGUUUCCCUUUAGAAUGUGUCGAAGACAGUUUCCAGCCACGUUGGCUUUCGCGAUGACCAUCAAUAAAAGUCAAGGUCAAACGCUGCAAAAUGUUGGUUUGUUUCUACCUAAACCAGUGUUCUCUCAUGUUCAAUUAUACGUUGCACUUUCUAGAGUUACGUCGAGGUCUGGAUUAAAAAUGCUAAUAAGAGAUAAACAAGGGAAGCUGCAGACAAAAACAAUGAAUGUUGUCUACAAACAAGUUUUUCAGAAUAUUUCAUAGUCAACGGUACAUAAUUUUAACCUAUUUUGUAUUCGAUAAAAAAUAUUAUUUUAUAAAUUCUUACAUUUAUUUGUUUCUCCUAUUAACAGAUCAAAAACAGAAAUAAAAGAUUGAUUGUAGUUGACUACAAAGCAAUUUUCAGACUAUUUCGACAAUGGUAUGUGAAUUUAAUAUUAUUUUAUGUUCAAUAGAAUUUAGAAAUUUAGAAAUCUAUCGAAUUAUUUUAUAACGUACAAUUGCUAACAAAAUUUAAUGACUUUUUGCAGGUUUCUAUUGGAU